CCGCACCGAUGACAACACCAACAACAAAUUGGAGUAUGGAAUCAAUGCCAUGGAAAAUCCAGAAAACCGAUCAUACCGGAGAUGUGAUGGAAUUUACCGCACAUACACCGCACAAUAAUAGCAUUAUACAUCGCGCGUUAUUACAUCAGAAAAGAAAAUCGGAUCCAGUGCCGCCACCAUUUCCCGUCAAACAAUUCAUAUCGGAAGAAAAAAUCACAGCCCAUUUCAAUGGCCUGCAUAUAUCCAGUGAUUAUAUACAACAUGAUACCGGUGGUGCCAUUAGUGGUAGCGGCAGUGACACAUCAACAACUGGCAAAUGUUUUUCAAAUCUAACCUAUGAGGAUUAUCAAAUGACUGCCAAAGAAUUGGAAAAGAAACUGCUGAAUGCAAAUCGCAUAACAAUAUGUGAUGAAUUGAAAAAGAUCAGCGAACAGCCAGCACAGCAUAGUGUUUCGUGUCUGCCCGAGACUUUACUGCAUCGUUUCACUAAGCCAUGCACUGCGCUGGUAUUGUGGCAGCCACCACCACCCAUUAUUAAUAUGUUGAAAUCGAAUACAAGCCAAGCGGAAGAAGCUCAGUGCCGAAGACAACAAGAAACCGAUUUAAUUGUCGACGAUGGUAAACCCGAUGUAGAUUUGCCACCAGAAAGGGACGAUGAUGAUAUCGACGAUUAUGUGGACAACAAUAAUACAUGUAGUUUGGAUUUUAAUCACAUUAAACCCGACAGCAUGGACGAGGAUAUGUAGUUGUUUAAAUAUGC